UGACACCAGAAAGACAAUAGGUAAAGGAAUGGAAGACACCAUGGCAACUGUUCUAAAUCAGGUAACAGUCAUUAUGUUUUACACAGGAAUAUUUUUUCUUAAACGACUGAACAUGAUCAACUUUUUGUGAUUAUUGGAGGCUACCUUAAAUGAUUCAGCACUAGAUUCUGCCUCAUUUUUGGGGUCAACGACCACAGGACCAAACCAUGAUCUGCAGAUGCUAGAAUUGUGAACCACUAAUGCUAAAAUAAUUCUGUCAAUACAGCUUUAGUUUUACAUGUCUUACUCCUCACACAGUGGAUAUUAAAUUAUCAUGUUAAGACUGCAUUUACUGAUCCUCUUUGAGAAAGUAUAUGCACAUAAUAAUGCACAGUAUACAUGUGCAUUAUUUUCAUUUCUCCUUUAUAGAAGCAUAUUGAUGAAUUCACGUGUUGUAUAUUUUAUUUUUGAUAUUAUAGUACUAUCUUAAGACCAGUUUUAGUAGUAAUUCACAGAGAUGAAUUAAUGUUGGAAUGUGGAAAGUAAGUCGUGCAAAAAAAAUUCGAGGGAACAGUUCCUCAUUAAAUGAAAUACUACAAAAUACUAUACAAAAAGCACACAGAUAACACAGAUUACCAAACUUCAGAGGAAAGAAGAGGAAGACAAUCAAGUAAUACAGAUACAGCAAUUAAAGUAAAUCUUUAGUUUAGAAUAUCAGAAAAAUGGGUACUCAUGGCACAAAAAGACCUGUUACCAGUAAUCUGUCCCUUAUGUGCGCAGAAUGUGGAGUUUGUGCAAACAGGCUAUGGCAAGAACGCCGUGAAGGUGCUUGUUAUCAACAGAAAGGGGAGCCACCACUCCAUCAUCGAGCUAAAGGCUGACGUGGAGCUUACGCUCAAAUCACGCAAGGAUUAUCUAACUGGCGACAACUCAGACAUCAUCCCCACUGACACCAUCAAGAACACCGUCCAUGCUCUGGCCAAGCACAAGGGGGUAAAGACCAUCGAGCAGUUUUCCCUGGAUAUCUGUAAUCAUUUCCUGACCUCUUUCAACCAUGUGUUGAGGGCCAAAGUUUACAUGGAGGAGGCCCCCUGGAGAAGGUUGGAGAAGAAUGGGGAGGAGCAUGCUCAUGCAUUUAUCUUCAGCCCAGAGGCUUAUCGCUUCUGCGAUGUUGAACAGAAUCUCAAUGGCAUCCCAGUGGUUCACAGUGGGGUGAAGAGCAUGAAGGUGCUGAAAACUACCCAGUCUGGUUUUGAGGGUUUCUUACGAGACCGCUUCACUACUCUGCAAGAGACCAAAGACAGGUGUUUCUGCACCUCUGUCUACGCUAGGUGGUGCUACAACCAGGUUCAGGAUGUCGACUAUGACGUUGCAUGGAGGUGCGUGAAGGAGACAAUUAUUGAGAAGUUUGCGGGCCCCUACAAUUGUGGAGAAUUCUCACCUUCUGUGCAGAAGACCCUUUAUGAGACACAGGUUCUGGUCCUGGCCAGAGUUCCUGAGGUGGAUGAAAUAGAGAUCGUCAUGCCCAACCAGCAUUACUUCACAGUAAACAUGGCAAAAAUGGGCAUUGACAACCAAGAUGAGGUACUUCUUCCCCUGGAUAACCCCUCAGGGAACAUUGCAGGGAUAGUGCGCAGGAAACAGCAAGCAAAGCUGUGAAGACACCGACACAAAUCCAGAAAAAGCUGCUGCUGUGAUCAACAUAUUAACCUUUACACAUUAAGUCAUACUCAAGUUCGGAAAACAAAAAUUACCUUGAUAUGACCCAAAUAUUUUUGUCAUAAUUACAACUACAACUCAAGAUUUCCUAAACAUGAUUAAAUAAUUUGACCAUGUAAUGUGAAUGUUAGUAAAUUAAAUUAAAUAAAAGAAAACCAGAAUCAAUAAACUUAUAAACUAAUAUUGUUCUUUGGUGAGAAAAGAGCACCAUUUAUUGAAAAUCUUUGAUUCGGAUAUUCAAACUCCAGUGUUAUGU